GAGCUAAUACUGAGUGUGACUGAUUGAUCCACCCCUAGAUGGACAGUAAAGAUUAAGAGGGAUGACAAAUAGGCACUUGCUUACACAGCGCUUGCUGCUAAUCCCCUUGUCUUCCUUUAGGGAGCCCGCGUGAGACUUUAGAGUCACUCACUGUCCGGCACACCAUGAGGAGGUGACAGUCCCCACUUUAAAAAACCAACAGACGAGAAGUUCAGAGACAGGACAGUGAGAUAAAGAAGCCAAACCAGAGGUCAUCAUCAGGACCGACUUGUUCACUGAAGGAUCUUUGAAGAAACUAAGUCUAAACGGUGGACGAUUCAUCUCAUUGUGAGCUCAAGGAUUCUUGUAGGAACAGAUUAUUUGGCCUCAAAAGCCAGGGUGCAUGCACUUUAGGAACUUUGGCAGUAUAACAAAUGGAUGAUCUGAUGUCUGAGAUGUCCAUGGUACAGUUUGCCUCUUCCGAGUCUUCGAGGAACUCAGAUGACAGUCAGGAGGGUAAAAGUCCUGCUCCGGGCAAAGUGUUAAACUCAGGUCUCCUCUGUAAAGUAUGUUCAGACACCAGCAGUGGAAAACACUAUGGCAUAUACGCUUGUAACGGCUGCAGUGGCUUUUUCAAGCGCAGCGUGAGACGCAGACUCAUCUACAGAUGUCAGGCUGGUACAGGCAUGUGUCCUGUGGAUAAAGCCCAUCGCAAUCAGUGCCAGGCCUGUCGCUUGAAGAAAUGCCUUCAGGCUGGCAUGAACAAGGAUGCUGUUCAGAAUGAACGUCAGCCCCGCAGUACCUCUCAGGUCAGGUUAGACGCUCUGGAUGUCGACAGAGAUAAAGAGCACCUGGCCACCACUUUUGAGCCCACGUCAUCCUCCACCUGCUCCAUCAUCAACCGCCCAAUGCUGGGCUCCUCCAUCUGCUCCAUCAUCAGCUCCACAGAUACCAGUCGACACCCCAGCAGUCCCAAGAAUGGCCAUCGCUUCAUGGCCAGCCUCAUGACGGCUGAGACCUGCGCUAAACUGGAGCCAGAAGACGUGGAUGAAAAUAUUGACGUGACUAGUAAUGAACCUGAGAGGAGUUCUCCAGAGUACGGCAGUGCACUUUAUCCCACACGGGGCCCAGAGAGUGUGUACGAGACCUCGGCCCGCCUGCUCUUCAUGUCUGUAAAAUGGGCCAAGAACCUGCCCGUGUUUUCCCACCUGCCUUUCAGAGACCAGGUGAUUCUGCUGGAAGAAGCGUGGAGCGAGCUCUUCCUUCUGUGUGCGAUUCAGUGGUCUCUACCCUUGGACAACUGCCCCCUGCUGUCCUUCCCUGAUCUCUCGCCCCCGGGACAGGGCAAGGGCAGCCCCUCCGCCUCAGAUGUGAGGGUCCUACAAGAAGUGUUCAGCCGAUUCAAACCCCUUCAAGUGGAUCCAACCGAGUUUGCUUGCUUGAAAGCCAUCGUUCUGUUUAAACCAGAAACACGAGGGCUGAAAGACCCAGAACAGGUGGAGAACCUACAAGAUCAGUCACAGGUGCUGUUAGCUCAGCAUAUACACACACUGUAUCCCAGUCAAGUUGCCAGGUUUGGCAGACUGUUGCUUCUCCUUCCAUCUUUACAUUUUGUGAGCUCAGAGAGAAUCGAGCAGCUUUUCUUUCAGAGGACCAUCGGGAACACACCGAUGGAGAAACUCCUGUGUGAUAUGUUCAAAAACUGACAGACUGUUGCACGAGGUGUAAAAUCCUGUGGACUUUAGGUGCUUUGCUUCCAUUCCGUAUAGUUAAUAUGCCAAUGAAUCUGCCUAAAUGCUAAAAAAGCUCGAAUGUAUAUAAUUGAUUUGCAUAGUUUGCUUAUUUUAUGCCUCUCAACGGUAUGUCUUAUGUCUCUUUUUAUUUGUGUUAGUUUUCUACGCCCAAUGUUGCUCACAAGUCUAUGCAUUUCAAUUAAGUGGAAUUCUAGAUAUUUCUUUCAGCCCUUUUCUCUACAUCAUGUUGAGAAUACAAAUCGCCUUCCAGAGUCAUUGUAAUGCAAUAUUUUUUUUAGCAAUAUGUUUGAUGAAGUUUGAAAGCAAUUGUACACAGAUACCCUUUCUAAAAGGGGACACUUUUGAUAAAAGUUGAAAGAUAUGCCUCUUAUUUGUAGGACAUAUAAAUAAAAAUGUAUAAUUACAUUAUCCUGUAUUUAUUUUUAUAUAAACACAUUGUAUUGUUUAAAAUGGCAUUAUUUAGAGGUCUACGUACAGUGGGGGAAUAAUAAUAAUAUUUGACCUCCUGCUGAUUUUGUAAAUUUGCCCACUUUCAAAGAAAUGAAGAGUCUGUCAUUUUUAUGGUAGGUUUAUUUUAACUGAUAGAGACAGAUAUCAACCAGAAAAUCCGGAAAAACAUUGUGUAAAACACACAAAUUGUAAAGUUCAAGUUGCCGAGCGACAGCCAAAAAACCUUAAAGAUUUAGAGAGGAAAUGGACCAAAAUGUCUCCUGUAACUUGUGCAAACCUGGUUGCAAGGGUUUCUCCACCAAGUACAAAGUUAUGUUUUGCUUUGCUCGGGGAUCAUUUCACUCAGUGAAAUGAAAAUCAAUUUAUAACCUUUAUAUAAUAUGUUUUAACUGUUUUGUUUCGGUUGAUAUUCUGUUUUUAUAUCAGUUAAAAUAAACCUACCAUAAAAAUGA